AUGGGUGUCCAGUCACUUGAUGCAGUUAUGAAAGAAUCCGUCGAUCUGGAAAAUGCAUCAAUGGAAGAAGUUUUUGAGCAUCUCAAAUGCACAAGGGAAGGUCUGAGCUCUGACGAAGUUCAGGAGAGGUUGGAGCUGUUUGGAUAUAACAAGCUUGAGGAGAAGACUGAAAACAAAUUCCUCAAGUUCUUGGGAUUUAUGUGGAAUCCUCUUUCAUGGGUUAUGGAGGCUGCUGCUCUCAUGGCCAUUACUCUUGCACAUGGAGGGGGGAAGAGUGCAGAUUACCAUGAUUUCGUUGGCAUCAUAGUACUGCUUAUAAUCAACUCCACUAUCAGUUUCAUAGAGGAAAACAACGCUGGCAAUGCCGCUGCUGCUCUCAUGGCACGGCUGGCGCCAAAGGCCAAGGUCCUUCGAAACGGCAGAUGGAGCGAGGAAGAUGCUGCGGUUUUGGUGCCUGGAGACAUAGUCAGCAUCAAGCUUGGCGAUAUCAUUCCUGCUGAUGCCCGCCUUCUUGAAGGAGAUCCCUUAAAGAUUGAUCAGGCUGCUUUGACUGGAGAGUCUCUUCCUGUGACCAAGAGUCCUGGAGAUGGAGUAUACUCUGGCUCAACUUGCAAACAAGGCGAAAUAGAAGGAGUUGUGAUAGCAACUGGAGUUCAUACAUUCUUUGGCAAAGCAGCUCAUCUUGUUGAUAGCACAAACAAUGUUGGCCAUUUCCAAAAGGUUUUGACAGCAAUCGGAAACUUCUGCAUCUGCUCAAUUGCUGUUGGUAUGGUGAUCGAAAUCGUGGUGAUCUAUGGCCUGCAAAAGAGAGCAUACCGAGUUGGGAUUGAUAAUCUACUUGUUCUCCUGAUCGGUGGAAUCCCAAUUGCCAUGCCAACUGUUCUCUCCGUCACUAUGGCAAUUGGAUCACAUCGCCUGUCUCAGCAGAAUGUUCCACAGGGGGCCAUCACUAAAAGAAUGACAGCUAUUGAAGAAAUGGCAGGAAUGGAUGUUCUUUGCAGUGACAAAACAGGCACAUUGACACUCAACAAGCUAACUGUGGACAAAACCAUGGUUGAGGUUUUCGCCAGGGGUGUUGACAAGGAUUUGGUCGUGCUGAUGGCUGCCAGAGCAUCAAGGCUUGAGAACCAAGAUGCCAUUGAUACUGCAAUUGUUAACAUGUUGGGAGACCCUAAGGAGGCACGAGCUGGGAUCAGAGAAAUUCACUUCCUUCCCUUCAACCCAACUGACAAAAGGACUGCCCUCACAUACUUGGACGGUGAAGGUAAAAUGCACAGAGUCAGCAAAGGUGCACCAGAACAGAUUCUCAACCUGGCACAUAACAAAAAAGAACUUGCAAACAAGGUUCAUUCGAUCAUUGACAAAUUCGCAGAACGCGGAUUGAGAUCCCUUGGAGUUGCUCGCCAGCAAGUUCCAGAUGGAAACAAGGACAGCGCCGGAGGACCGUGGGAAUUUGUUGGCCUUCUCCCCCUCUUCGACCCUCCUCGUCAUGACAGUGCUGAAACAAUCAGGAGAGCGUUGGAUUUAGGAGUCAGUGUUAAGAUGAUUACAGGUGAUCAGCUCGCUAUUGGCAAGGAGACUGGAAGAAGGCUUGGAAUGGGAACAAAUAUGUACCCAUCUUCAUCUCUGCUUACCGAGGGUGGCAACGAAGCAACUGGAUCUCUCCCCAUUGAUGAGCUCAUUGAGAAAGCUGAUGGCUUUGCCGGAGUGUUCCCUGAACACAAGUACGAGAUUGUGAGGAGACUUCAAGCUAGAAAGCACAUAUGUGGAAUGACUGGAGACGGAGUGAAUGAUGCCCCUGCCUUGAAGAAAGCCGACAUUGGUAUUGCAGUGGCGGAUUCAACCGAUGCUGCCAGAGGCGCUUCUGAUAUAGUCUUGACAGAGCCUGGUCUCAGUGUCAUCAUCAGCGCUGUGCUGACUAGCCGAUCCAUCUUCCAGAGAAUGAAGAAUUACACUAUUUAUGCAGUGUCCAUCACCAUCCGUAUCGUCUUUGGAUUCUUGAUGCUGACUUGCUUCUGGAAGUUCGACUUCCCACCUUUCAUGGUCCUAGUCAUAGCCAUUCUUAACGAUGGAACAAUCAUGACCAUAUCCAAAGACAGGGUUAAACCAUCACCCGUACCUGAUAGCUGGAGGCUGAGUGAGAUUUUCGCCACUGGCGUCGUCCUUGGUGGCUACUUAGCACUCAUGACCGUCGCCUUCUUCUGGCUGGCUUACGAAACCAACUUCUUCUCGAAACACUUCCAUGUGAAGAGCUUCCAGCAGGACGACUACGACCUCACAAACAAAGCAGUUGCUGAUCAACUCAACCAGCAACUAGCCUCGGCAUUGUAUCUCCAGAUCAGCACCAUUAGCCAAGCUUUGAUCUUUGUCACCCGCUCCAGAGGAUGGUCUUUCCAGGAACGCCCUGGCUUUCUGCUCGUCUUCGCCUUCCUUGUCGCCCAACUGAUUGCAACAGUGAUCUCGGCGGAAGCGAACUGGAAAUUCGCGGGAAUCAGAAGCAUUGGAUGGAAGUGGACUGGAGCCAUCUGGGCAUUCAACGCCGUCACUUACAUGCUCCUGGAUCCCAUCAAAUUCAUCGUCAUGUACGCUCUCAGCGGCAGAGCUUGGGGACUGGUUGUGGACAAGAGGACAGCGUUCACCAACAAGAAGGAUUUUGGAAGGGAAGAGAGGGAAGCGGCGUGGGCGACGGAGCAGAGAACCCUGCAUGGACUCCAGAGCGAUUCGGAAAUGAAGAUCUUCUCGGAGAAGAGCACUUACAGAGAGAUCAGUCUCAUGGCGGAGGAAGCCAGAAAGCGCGCUGAGAUCGCGAGGAUGAGGGAGCUUCACACGCUCAAAGGAAGAGUGGAGUCUUUUGCCAAGCUUAAGGGCUACGAUAUCGACUCCAUGAACCAACACUACACUCUUUGAAGAAUUGGAAGAAUUACAGCACUCGUCUGCUCCAAACCAAUGUCAUUGAAUUCAUUCUACUCUCUCUUUCUUUCUCUAAUAUAUGUUCGUCGUCUUAAUUUCGCAUUUCUGUAACAGAAAGUAAAUAAAAUCCAAAUUAAUUUUUACAGUUGAGAGAAUAUGC